AUGUCUGCCAUCAGAUCACCAAUAGAUUCGUUACCCAAUGAGCUCCUUAUCGCCAUCCUGGCUAACUUCAAGUCUCGCGAACUGCUUCCGUUGACUCUCGUCGACCGCCGAUUCAAUGCCACCUCGACAAUCAUCCUACAGCACCGCCUCCUCCACACUGCCAAGAUGGACGGACACGAGAUGAUGCUAGAGAGCUACCACCCUGCUGCUAAGCAGUUGACGCCGUCCAUGACAUGUCGGUUCCAGGGGCUUGGCUUCUUGGAUCACACGUGGACCGGUGAUCAUGACCUGGACUUACGGGACCUCUCUCAGCUAUACUCUCACUUCCUCCCGGUGGUUUCAGAAGAGACGCGGCGCUUGCGGAGGGUAUUCGGUCGACGCUUGCCAGGUGCGCCCCUCGAACAGGAAGUUGGUGACGAGCCAGUCACCCAGGAACUCAUUUUGGACGAUGGCGAGCUGUUCUCCCAGCUUUGCACGUCAACGAGCUUGAACAACUCUGGUCACGUCCCCGGUCUCCUUGCUAGCCACAGUAAUGUUACCAAUGGCGUCGUGCGCGUGUGGAGGCAUUGGCUGGCAAAAGCAGCUGCCAGCAGCGCCAUCUGCCCGGCCGGCGACUAUACCGAUGAUAGCACAACCUUGUGGAUCGAUACCGCCAAGAAUGUGGGACUUCGGUUCCGCGUCACCGAGGUCACCCAGGAGCGUUUGCCUCCCUACCGAGGUUUUGACGAGGACCCGCCUGUUGCUUACUCUCUUUACUACAAAGAGUUGCUGGUUCGCACAAGCCAUGUUCUGCUGGCUAUGGAGAAGUCAGUAGUCCAAGAAGUUGUCGACUCAGGUAAAGCAACCAUCUUACCUUUUUAUUGA